AGUGUUUAUCUAACCACAUGUGACCUCCACUUGAGCUUUCCGAUUCAUUGGCAUUCAUACCACUGGACGUGUUCCAGAUGCAUCUCUUCUCUUUUAUGCUGUGCCUGUCUGUGGGAGCUUUGGUAAAAUGUGCUGCUGGAAGUGAUUGGUGCUACACAGGCUGUGAACAUACCCCAGCGCAUUGGAAAGACAUUCCUGGAACGUUCUGUGGAAAAAAGAGGCAGUCUCCUAUUGAUAUCGUCACCAGCAAUGUAAAGCCCGACCAGAACCUGCUUAACUUUACCUUUGUCAACUUCUCCUCUCAGCAUGUCAUCAAGUCUAUCGUAAACAACGGACACACAGUGAAAUGCAUUUUAGCUAAAGAUGAAUCUGAAGUGAGUGGAGGGGGACUCAAUGGAACAUAUUCUACCAUUCAGUUUCACCUUCAUUGGGGUGAUACUGAACAUCAUCCAGGUUCAGAGCACAUGGUUGAUGGGCACAGAUAUCCAAUGGAGAUGCACAUAGUCAGCCUGAAGAAAGGUGUGGAGAAGCCCACGGAGGAUUCAGAGGGUAUCGCUGUUCUGGGGUUUUUCAUAAAUGCAACAGAGGAUGGAGACAUGUCAGGACCAUGGAGCAAGCUCACAUCUUACCUGACAAAUGUCACAGGCACAGAGGUGGAUUUUAACCACACCAUCUCUCUUGAUGACCUGAUCGGGAAUGUAAACCUCACAAAGUUCUACCGCUACAUGGGCUCUCUGACCACACCCAACUGCAAUGAAGCAGUUGUGUGGACAGUCUUUCAAGAACCAAUCAACAUCAACAAAAAUCUGAUUCAGAAGUUUCCUAUGGAGACUGGAAUCUCCAAUGUUUUUCGGCCAGCACAACAACUUUAUGGGCGUCAAGUGUUUGCUUCUCCUGCAACACCUUUACCUCCGAGCCAUUCCUGGUGCUACGAUGAGCACUGUCAUUACACUCCAUCUAACUGGCCGACCAUCCCUGGCUCCCAUUGUGGCGGUGAACGCCAGUCACCCAUCAAUAUAAAGACAGAAGGCACCGUGUUGAACAAGCAACUGAAAGACUUCACCUUUACGAAGUUUGAUGAAAAACAUGCCAUCAAGUACAUCAUUAACACAGGACACGCAGUUAAGUGUGUUCUGAAAGACGAUAUGUUGGAGGUGUCAGGUGGAGGUCUGGGACACACCUACUCCACCCUUCAGUUCCACUUUCACUGGGGCUCCACGUCACAUGACUCUGAGGGCUCCGAGCAUACUGUGGACUCACACAGAUAUCCAAUGGAGAUGCACAUUGUGAACAAAAGAAAGGAUCUAAGUCUUGAGGAGGCCAUUACGACUCCUAAUGGCUUGGCUGUGUUGGGAUUCUUUAUCAAGGCUUCAGAUGGCACCAAAAGCGGCGGCGAAUCUGAACAUCAUGAGCCAAGCCCAUCAAAGCCAACAUCUGAUAUGGAUGCCUGGAAGAAGUUGACCAGCUACCUUUCACAUAUUCAGAACAUCAGCUCACAAGCUGAUGUCACAGAAGAGAUCUCCAUUGAUGAUUUGCUUGGCAAUGUUAACAGAGCUUCUUACUAUCGCUAUAACGGCUCUCUGACCACCCCGUCAUGUAAUGAAGCCGUGGUCUGGACAAUUUUUAAAGAGCCUGUCAAAAUAGAUGAAAACCUGAUGAAGAUGUUCCCGACUCAUGCAGGGUACCACAACGUGUAUCGGCAGGCGCAGUCUCUUCAUAACAGGACAAUCUUCACCACUGCAUCUGCAUCUGGUUCCCCUUGUCCAAUCAUGCUUACUCUGCUGCUAGCAUGUCUCUGUGUUCUAAUGAUUAAUCUUUGAGAGGAUUUGUGAACUGAAACUUAUUUUAAAGAUAAUGUUUAUUGCACUACUUUACUGUGUUGCACUGGUUGAUUUAUGAUUAUAUUUGUGGGUUUGGCUACAUGCAGUCUUAACCACUAAUUAAAACUGCUAACUAAUGCAAAGAGGCCAACAGAAGUGAUUGCUGUGAGUAGUACUGUGCUUGUCAGUGGGGAAUUGAUUGUUUCCUUUCAAAGGGUAAAAAAAAUAAAUCAUCCUUGUGUCACUUCUGUCCCUCA